AAAGACAUGUUUGCCCCAAUGUGUUCUAAGCGAAUUUAAUGGAUAUUCAUCUCUGGUUGACAAAAAAAAAAGUGAACAUGCCUGGAUGUGUUGUUUGGUUCAGCCCAUUUUGGCGUCAAAGAUAGCAUUUCAAUAAUGUGUGGUCCCUCCUUGUUCGUCAAGAACCGUCUUCUUAUCCGAACUUGCGAAGCAUGUUUUUGCAAAUCACAGCAAAAAAAUCAUUUACUGUGAAAGGUUCAAUCGGAAAUGAUUUGCGUGCAACUUCGCCAUUAAACGUUACAGGAAGCAACCGUCUCAUGGUUCGAUGCCACAAAAAAAAUAACAUCAAGACAAAACAUUGAGCGCGUCGAUGUGGACGACUAUUUCCAAGUGAACAAGCAUGUUGCCAAGUAUACUUGUUCCUUUGGGCCUCCUGUGUGGUAUUUGGGUUCCUGUUACCGGAAUCGCUGAAUGCCAGCAGCGUCCUCUACCGCUGCUGCUUAUAUCGUUUGACGGCUUCCGAGCCGACUACCUGCAGAGGUUCCCGAUGCGGAACCUGAAACUCCUGUACAGUCAAGGGGUCCUGGUGGAGGAGAUGACCAAUGUCUUCAUCACCAAAACCUUUCCCAACCACUACAGCUUGGUGACUGGACUCUAUGCGGAGUCUCACGGUAUCCUGGCUGGCUCAAUGUACGACCCCAUCAGCCACAAGCACUUCCACGUGGCCAACGGCAGGGACGCGAUGUGGUGGAAUGAGGCGACACCUAUCUGGAUCUCAGCACAUCAAGCAGGCUACAAGACAGCGGUAGCCAUGUGGCCUGGCUCCGACGUGGCUAUCCACAACCAAACGCCCACGCACUUCUUUCCUUACAGCCCUGAUGUGAGCUUUCGGGAGCGCUUGGGCAAUGUAACAAACUGGUUGCUGGGAAAUGAGAAGGAGGAAGGUGUGAUGUUUGCAGCGCUCUACUGGGAGGAGCCUGACCGAUCAGGACAUAUAUUUGGACCUGAAAAUACUUCAGCCAUUGGCAAAGUGCUGGAGGAAGUUGAUGACAACAUCGGCCUGCUGAUGUCAGAACUGAAGCGGACGGGCCUGUGGGGUCGCGUGAACGUACUGGUGACCAGUGACCACGGCAUGGCUCAGUGCUCGGCUGAUCGCCUCAUACGACUGGAUGACUGCUUGCACCCCGACAACUACACGCUGGUGGACCUGACUCCUGUUGCUGCUCUCAUCCCAAACAAUAAGCCAGAGGCUGUCUUUGCACUGCUUGCCAACUGUCACACCCAUAUGACUGCCUAUUUAAAGGAGGCCAUCCCAGAAAGUUUGCACUACCGCAACAAUGAACGCAUCCAGCCCAUCAUACUGAUUGCUGAUGAGGGAUGGACUAUAAUACAGCGAGGGAACAAACUCCCUAGACUGGGUGAUCACGGCUACAACAACUCCUUACCCAGCAUGCACCCAUUCAUGGCAGCUUGGGGGCCCAGCUUCCGGAAUGGCUACCGACUGGAGACUUUGCAGAGUGUAGACCUUUACCCUCUCAUGUGCCACCUACUGGCUUUGACCCCGCAGCCCAACAAUGGUACCCUGGUCAAGGCUCGCUGUAUGCUUGUGGCUGAAUGCUGGCAGGAUGGUCUGGCGCUCAUGGGUUUGGUGAUGGGUGUCUUAAUUGUGCUCGCUACUAUACCCGUUCUCUUAAAGCUGAUGGCCCGCCGGCUACGACCUUCCACUUCCAGAGCAUUCCGCAGAGUUCUAGUAGACCAUGCCAAUGAUGAAGAGGAAUCCCUGCUGGAAUAACUUCUCUCGAGCUUUACCUGCUCAUGCACUUUACCCCCACUCAGAUGGAACAAGCAAUCACAUUUGGAGCAACUGGCUGUGACUUAAAAUGCUGCUUGAGAAAAUGUGAAAUGAAGAAGUUAAACCUGUAUGGUAGACACUUUUUGCAGUAGACGGCAGAUUUAAACCAGUUAGUCUUCAUAUUCACGAUGCAGCUGUUUGUUUUCCCUCUUUUCCUUAAGACAAGACAAACAAGAAAUCAUGACAGACUUCCAAGAUUCAGGGUGUGGAGAUAACACACAAAAUGAUGGCAGGAAUAAUGGGGUAAUCAAUCAAUCUAAAAAAAAAGAUUUUGAAUUAACAGAUUCAUGCAAAAGAUUAGGUUUUUUUUUUUUUGGGUCAGGUUGAUUUAAAUUCAGCUCUCGUUCUGUUUUAUUUUUCUAUUUUUCUUACUGCUUUUAUUCAGCAGAGGGGGUCAAUAGCUCAAGUGUGCAAUCAUUAAGGCAAGCUCUUCUUCAACCCUUCACACCAAGUACCACAUUCAAUUCUGAACACUCCAAUCACUGACCAAAAGUAAAAUAUGGUAGUGUACUAGGUGUAAGUGUUCAUGAAAAUUACGUUGGUAGUCAGUAUAUAAUCAUGCUCAGUUUGAACAUUUAACAAUGCACCCAAGUAGAGGAAAGGUGUUUUACAAUGUCAAGUACAGCUACAAUAAGAUAUCGCAGGGAUGCUUGAAAUUAUUAUGCGGUAAGUCAUAUAAUAAUGAAGUGGCAUUGAUAUAUGUUGCACAAUUCCGUGCAAUAAAAAGCUCAGUAAUCAGAAGUGGCACCGAUUAGCGGUCAAAUUGGUCUUUUUUUUUUUCUGAAGUACUGAAAUCGUUUUCUCAGGGAUUUAUGUAGGUACAGAUGAUACCAAAGUACAAUGAGUAGAAAAAAGACUUAAACCCUUUUCUCUUUUUUUUUUAUUUGUAUUUCUGUUCUGUAGUACUUGUCCCAUUCUUUAAGAACUGCCAGACAUGCCAAAUGACUUAGGACUUUCUAGUGGUCUUCUAAGCUUCCCAUCCUUAUCAGUAGCCAUUGAGUGAGGAUGGUCUUGGUUUCGAUGGUGGAAUAUGGUAGUUUGUAAAAUAUGAUAUGGCUUGGAAUGUGUGUCUAACCUUUUGUAAUGUUGAUUUUUGUCUUUUGCACGCUUAAAAUGUUGGAUCCUGUUUUUGUUGUUGGUGUGGUGGUGGUGUGGGGGUACGUCGGGAGGAAUUUUCAUGCCUGUAAGAGAUUACAGCAAUGACAUGAGAUUGUUAGUCAAUAAACUCCCUUUUUUUGCUUGACUCAAAGAGGAGAAAAAUGACAAAUAUUUUGAAAAAUUAAUUCAUAUUUCUUUAUUAUAUACUCCCCCCAUCGCAGUCACAACAAACAAUACAGUAACAAAAUGGAAGUACUGUACUGCAUAAAACAAUACUGACAAAACUUUGAAAAUUCAAACCAACUGUUUCCAUAUAUUUAACAUUAUUUUGUCAUCUUUAUUGUAAAUAGACUUUUAUUUUCAGGAGGUAUUGUAAGAAAAAUAAAAUUUCUAAAACUGGCCACACUGAGCCAGAUGUGAAAAUAUUCAACUCUUUCCCAGAAUGGUUUGACACAAUUGUAGACAUAAAGAAACCAGCGAGCUACAACAAAUGGUUGUGUCUCUGGUUUCCACUGAGACGUUUGGUGAGUUUGGGGAUUUCUCCCCGAAGACAGUUUGGUUCCUGAAUGAUGGUGAAGUAUUAAGCAUUAAAAUUAAACAUGGCUGAUGACUUGACUCAUCACUUAACUUGCUCCUGUACAGAUAAUGCAAGCAAGGCUUCUACUUUAUCCCCGAUAUAAUGACACUGCAUGGCCAAUGAUUAAAUCAAAAUCCAGUUUCUAUGCUUGAUCUAACUGAAAAGUACAAUAAAUGAAAAUGCUUUUCUUUUUUUGCAUGUGAAAGAAUAUACCAACUCCCACUUUGGCAAAAGCCUUUGUAAAACUUAAUCAUGCGGACUGACACUAUCUGUCAUUGUGCUUCUAUUUAGGACAACAAUGUGGCAUGGACUCCUACACAAACAGUACUUUUCUCUCACCAAACAUUCUGGAUACUUAUAGAGAACAUUUACUAGCCUUGGAUUGAGCAAUCUAGAUGUAAACUCAGGCCACAUUGAGGAAACUAAUGAGUUUACAGAAAAAAAAGCUUUUUACAAUCAAAAUGCCACAAGAAAUCAAAUCUAUUUUAGCACAGUGUCUACAGUUACUUAUUUUCAAGCUAAAAACCACAGCAGCAAAGCAUGACCCCCCCCCCCCUUCCACUCCCCCAUCAAAUCCUUUCAACCUGAUAUUAAACUAUAGUGGGUGAUGAUACUUUCCCAACUAUGGAAUAAUCUUGUUGAUUGAUUUAAAAAAAUGUGAAUGACAACCGCACGCAUAUCCUCACAUGUCGGUAUCACACUUUGCAGACCCUGAUAGUGGAACAUUUAAGUACAUUUACUGUUAUGUACGCGCAAAAUAAAAGUUCUCUUCCUUCAUAAUAGAAUGCACAUUCCUCAGUUGGGAGAUCUCUGUUGUUCCCAGUUGUUUUAAAAUGUCUCCCAACUAAUUUGAAAACAUUCCAAAUCAGCCGACUGUAUAAAAAAAUAGAUCGACAAAUGAUUACAAAUGCAAAAAAAAAAAGAGAAAAAUGGACACCACUUCAUCCUCACUUGCACCGCAUGCAUCAUACAAAAAAAAAGGAAUGAAAUGAAAAUUUAAUGGUGCUCCGAACCUUUGUGUGUUAUCUUGCAUAGCUGUGAAUGUGAAGCCAUACAAGAAAGAAAAACUGUAAUGAAACGGAGAAAACUUUUGCACAUACAAUGAUGGAGAGUCGCCCGAAGCGAGACAAAAAAGCAAUGAGGCGGCGAUACCUGAGGCUACAAUUAAGUCUGAGUACCACAUGCAAAGCAGGACACACACUACAUACACUUCAGAACAAUUUGGACAUCCACCACAAUGGAGCUGGUAUUUAGGAGGUUUUCAAAAAUCAUGGUCUUUUACCAUUCAAGAAUUACAUACAUUUCAUAUUAUAGUACAUCUACAUAAUGUAUAGUACCGCUAACAUUCAUAGGAUCAGAAGACAAAACGAAUGACAGCACAGAAAGCCAUGAAUAUCAGCAGUUGUAGGUAUUGUCAGAAUGUACAAUCAAUAAAUGCCUUCACACUAUUUUUCUGUAUAUUUGUAAUCCAAGUCAAAGAUACAUUUGAGUUGCCUCACAAUUAAAACUUUUUUUUUUUUUUAAAUCCUGAUGUAAAUUCUCUACAACCCCUGGAGACAGUCAUGAACAGGAAACUU